AUGGUGUUUACGCUGGAUGUGACUUGCCGUGACCAUGGCAGUGACAUCCUAGACCUUUCUCAGGACACAGAGAAGGAAAAGGACAUCUAUGAUGAUACUGCCACUGGCAAGGAAGUCCAGACUGCAAGGCCAUCGAAGCGCAAGAUGAAGCCCGUGCGUGAUCCAGGCACAAACGUGAUCGAGAAGGAAAAGGACAUCUAUAAUGAUACUGCCACUGGCAAGGAAGUCCAGACUGCAAGGCCAUCGAAGCGCAAGAUGAAGCCCGUGCGUGAUCCAGACACAAACGCGAUCGGUGCGAUCGCUCCCUUCGAUUUCUUCGUCUCCAGUACACCGUCCACUCCGCUGCGCGUGAAGAAAGGCACAGUUCUGCUGCAAACGCCAACCAAAGCUACGCGCUCUCCCGACGUGUACCGGCAAUCGCCGUCACUCAAUCUGACGCCUACAAAGUCGUCUCCUUUGACUCCAAUGAGGCUGAAAAAGGCUUCUGGACUGCUACGGACACCAACGAGAAAUGGUCUGAAGGACUCUCCGGCGUCUGCAGGUCAGCUCAAGCGCAAGAGCAAAGCGGUUCGUCCUCGUUCAACCUGUUCCAGCUCCAGUUUUGACUUCAAGGGCUAG